UAUAUUUGUACAUGUGUCUGCAGUGUGCGUGUGUGAAUAUAAUGAUAAUUUAAACAACAAAAUAAUUUAAACUUCCAAUAUUAUUUGGAGGAUUUACUGCACAAAAAUUGUGUAAAAAAAAUCUGCAUAAUAUGAGACUCGUUUUUUUUUAAUAUUAAAUGCAUUGAAAGAAUUAAGAAAUUUGAAAAAAUUUUGUUGUUCACCAAAAAAAAAAAACAAAAAAAUUAAAAAAAAAACCCUACUAAAAGCACCAACUCCUAUUCAAUAUACAACAAACUUUUUAUUUAGCGUCCACAUACAUAUUGAUAUUGUCACCACUUUUGCUUCAAAUCAAGUUUCUCUGCUUCAAAUCAUAGUUAAAAUACUCGCUAAGUGUGCCUUUACAACAACAACUCACUAAAAACAAACAAGCAAUCCAGCCAGUCAACAACCGUAGUACACCUCAAAACCCACCCUCACACCCCACGUUUGAGAUUGGAGAAAACACUUCAGCCACCCCCUUCACAUAGUCUGCGUACUCCGUCACCCCUGCGCUCAUGUGGCAUGCAAUUUUGUCGACUUCGCCAACCUUGUCGCUAGUUUAUUAAGCCGGCAAACAACACGAAAAAGUAGGAAAAAGUAGCAAAUAUCGAAAAGAAAUAUUUUUUUUUUGUUUACAUUGAACCAACCGACCGGAAAGCCCCGCAGUGCGCACCCACAGUUGGACGCCGACAGCGAGACAGCCGGCAGUUUAAGUACAUACGGACUUCUCUAUACGCACAUACAAUUGUAUAUACAUGAAUAUUACAUAUUUGUAAAUAAUGAUGCAAAAUUCACAAUAACAACAACAACAACAACAACAAAGUGAGUGUCAAUAUAAAGCAAAAACAAUUAGCGUACUUUAGCUGAGGGUGUCAUUUGUCGUCUAUAUCGGCAAGCGGCGUGUGCUGUGCGUGUGUGUGAGUGUGUUAACAGCAUUUGCAAAUAUAGACAAGCAGUCACCAGGAGAUAAAACGACAAAAGUGAGAAACCAAAAAAAAAAAAAAAAAAAAACACAUUAAACAAAUAUAGUAGUGAAAAAAGAAAUUGUUAGCAAGACACACAGUCAAACAUACCCAGACACAAAACCCUCUUUUAAGCGAUUUGUGAUUUUCUCUCACGUGCCAGCGAACCAAGCUAUGAAGCAAUUUAGUAGAACUUUGCGCGUUACAAAGAAAACGAUGAUCUCCGACAAAAGCAUGCAGAAAUGUAGCUCGCCAGUAGCCGGCAAACGUUGGCGUAGCUUAUCAGCAUCGUCAUAUCUCAUUCUAUUGCUCUGCUGUAGCGCCACCCUGGUGCAGGCACAGCAGAGCUCCGGUGACUCAAACAGUCCUUCCCUGCCACAUACCGCUGCUUUAGCUUCGCCGGGUGCUGGCGCUGGAUCGAGUGGUGGCUCGUCGAUAUUGGAUCAAUUCAGUCCCAAUUGUACAUCUGUUUCGCACGUCUUCCUCUCGCGUGGCAUCGAGCAGUCGGAGCUGCCACAGAAGCCCAAUAAUGAAAUGGGUCUUCGUUACUGUGAAACACCUGCCGUCGGCACUUGUUGUACGUACAAUAUGGAGACUCGCCUGGCGCUGCAAUCGCGCAUCCAAUUGGAGAAACAGUCCAGAGAGCAGAUAACGAAAAUGUCCAACGCCUUGGCGGCGAAAGCGCAAAAAUAUAAUUCCAUUUUUCGCAAAUUAUUAAGCGAAUCCAAGGAGGAGUUCCACAAAAUGUUCACCCGCACUUACGGCGUCAUCUAUCAACAGAACUCUUAUGUUUUCUCCGAUUUAUUUAAUGAAUUGGAAAAUUACUAUACACGUGGCCGCGUUGAUUUGCUGCAAGUGAUGGAUAAAUUCUUCAACACACUGUAUCAGAAAAUGUUCCAAGUGCUAAAUGGGCAAUAUUCUUUCGAUGAGAAAUUCCUCAAUUGCGUCAGCGAGCAUAUGAAAGAACUAAAACCCUUCGGCGAUGUGCCCGAUAAGCUGGCCGUGCAAAUCAAACGUUCGUUUGUAGCGACGCGAACCUAUUGGCAGGCGUUACACACGGCAGCUGAAGUGUCGAAAAAGAUUAUAAAUAUCCACCUCAACGCCGACUGCACAGCGGCCCUAACGAAAAUGCAACACUGUGGCGCCUGCAAAGGUUAUGCGGAGAAACCUUGCACGAAUUACUGCGUCAACGUAAUCAAAGGUUGUCUACACUAUGUGAACGAAUUCGAUACGGAAUGGGAGAAUUUCGCCGCUGCCAUGGACAAAGUAGCCGAACGCUUGCUGGGCUCUUUCAAUAUUGUUAUGGUUGUCGAGCCGAUUAAUAUAAAAAUCUCCGAAGCGAUCAUGAAUUUUCAGGAAUCCGGCCAAUCCAUCACCUCACGCGUGUUUGAAGGCUGUGGACGUCCCACGCUCGGUCGCACACGUCGCGCUAUUAGCCCGAGAUUCAGUCAACCCAUCACAACCUAUCAAACUCAACCCUCAUCGGUGGUGCUGACGAGCUCCGACUCGAAAGUGAUACGCAAACGAGCCAUCUUGGAUGUUCCGGUGGAGCAAAUCGAAUCGGACAUAUUAGACAUCGAUGCGGAUGUGGGCGAUGCCAUCGUCUUGCGUGAACGACGCGCAGCAGAGCCUAUCUCUGAAGAGCAGAAUGCGGAUGCUGAUAAGACGAGUGGUGAGGUAGGCGGCGGCAGUAGCACUAACGGGAAUGGGCGUAGUGGUGGUGGUGGUGCUGGCGGUCGUGGCAAUCAACAGCGUCGCAAGCAACAGCAGAAUCGCAAAAAUGACGACGACAAUAACCGCGAUCCUAAUCUGGAUAAGUUGGUGCGUGAGAUUAGACAGCGUGUGAAGGAGUCGAAGAAGUUCUGGUCAAACUUGCCUCAUCAGAUCUGCAGUAAUGAGGAGAUUUCAACCUCGUCGGAUGUGGAUGGCAUGUGCUGGAAUGGACACACUAUCGAUAGGUACAUGCACCCUGUGACCAACGAGCAAAGCCGUAAUCCCGAGUUCCCCGGCAAUCCAGCGUCUACACGCCAGACAUCGCAAGUUGCCACACAACUUUUCUACCUGAAAAAUGUCAUAAAUCAUCUGCGUAAUGCCUAUAACGGUCAGGACGUCGACUGGAGUGAUCACGAAGACUCCAUAUACGGUAGCGGAGCAGGCUCUGGUGCCGGAAGCGACGACGAAGACGAUGAUGAGGGCUCCGGCCUUAGCGGCGGUCCAUUCACGCCGCCACAUCUCAAACCCACCGAUCGACCCGGCUCGGUGCCAGCAAAUAAUAUUGAUGACGAGGAUGAGGAAGAUGUGGAAGAGCGUCGCAUUACAGACACAUCACAUACAACACGUCCUAAAUAUCCGGGCAGUACUGGCGCGGGUGCAGGUGCGGGUGUCGCUGCUGGCGGUGAUACGAACACGAUCGAUGAGGAAGAGGACGAUGCUGAUGAUAAUGAUCUGGAUGAGGAGAAGGUUGGCGGUGAAAAUGCGGGCGCAAAGACGGCGUCUAAAAUGACAUUACGGCGUGCGCUAUUGAUGUAUCUGCUGCCGCUGUAUAUGGCGUGGUUUGGCGGCGUUGUUGUCGAUAUGCUGUGAUUUGUUGUUGUUGUUGCUGUUGCUUAGGAUCUUGGGGAAAGUGAAUGGCGUAGGAAAUGGUCGAAGAUUUGUUGUUUCUUUUCCUCUCAUUUCAAUUCAAAAUUGUUUGUCUAGUGGUUAAGCGGCAAUGGACGCUUUUCUGACUUGCAGCUGCUUUUUGAACGUUUUAUGUCAUAAUGUAACAUACUUUUAGGAGCUUUAACAUAUUUUAAUUCUUGAACAACUACUUUCAAACGCCAUCGGCUAGCUAGCGGCUGCUAAACGAUAGUCUACUUUUAGGCGCAGCUCUAUGAAACCACUUGUAUUAUAUAAUAAAAAUAAAAACUUUUUGCUAAUUUAUGCACAACAAAUUUUGUAAGAACAAAAAAAAAACGAUUGCAUUUAGCAUUUAGAAACUAAAAACAAUAUGAUAAAUUCAACUUUAAGCGAAACGAAUCAUUUUACAUAUAUACGUAAACCAGAUAACAGUUAUAAAAAAGUUCAUUAGCUAGUAAGCGAAAAA